AGUAGUAGUAGUUUAAAAUCAGCAAAGAUGGACGAUUCUAUAGAAUCACAAAUCAUGACUUAUGUUGAAAGGAAUCUUUCCAACAUUCCCUUUAAAACAUUACGUUAUGGUGAAACGGAGCUUGAUCCCUCAGAAAAGUUGAGUCAGAUGCGACACAUUCUACACAAUGAUCCGGGGCUUUUUUUAAGUAAAUGGGGGCGUCAUCUCUCACAAAAUACAUUAAGACUAUUUGAUUCACUUCGACAUGACUAUGAAGUCAGAUUUUAUCUUGAUACACUUUUAUAUCAGUCUGCAGCACCCGUAACAAUAAAUGUAGGAAAACGAUCUGCUUUACAACAAGUGAUACAAAAUAGACGUUAUGAAUUUCUAAAACGUACAUUAAGGCAUUCGGAUUAUUUUUCGGAUGAAGCAAUCCAGUUAAGGGAGCCUAUCUUGUAUAAUCACUAUGUGGGGAAAUAUAUACCUUCACGAGAAAAGAGGAAACCAUUUGCAAAUGAUGUAACGCUUGUGGAUCGUAUCUUGAGUAAUAUGGAUCGCAACUAUGUAGAUGAGCAAGUGCGCCAACAAAAGAUAAAAGACGAGGAGCAAUUUCAAGAGGAAGAAGAAAGUGACGACGACGAAGAGGAAGAGUCGAUGAAAGAUGAAAAGGGUAAAGAAAAAGAUAUAAAUAUGAUAAAUGAAGAAGAAGAAAGUGACGAAGAAGAAAAAGACAAUGAAUUUCGAGAAAGGAAAAGACAAGAAUUGAUUCGACUAUUAGAAGAACAAUUUUUAGCAGGAAAAGAUAAUGAUUUCAAUUAUAGUGAAGUUGAUUAUAAUGAAGAUUACGAUAAUCUUCAACAGCAAGAACAAGAUAUUCACGAUAAAUACUUUGAUGAAGAUUAAAAAUAUACCCUUAUGACAGAUGAUAGAUAGAUAUAUACAUAUAAUAAAACUAAUGACCACGUCUAAAUUCAAAGUGUAAUAUCUAUAUUAAGACUGUUUUUAUUGGUAGGAAAGAAUCCAUUUGAG